CUUUUUGCUAUUCCUAACCUAUGGUAGAGAACCCAAAUCAAUCAUUUAUUCUGCUGAAACACUAAUCCGCGUUAGGUGCUGCCCAUACGGUUUUUGUUUUAGAUCUGGGUACCAGAAGAAAUUAAAAAUGGCUCAUAAAAAAGAGAUGGCCUUUCUGGGGAAUCUUCCUCUGAAGUGUAUGUAAUAUAUAGACACUUUAUCUCUUGCCAAUAACAAUUUCCCUCUUCCUCCAAAUGGAUAUGGCCAUUCAUCUUAGGAUCUCAAGAAACUGCCAUUUUUGGUACUUUCUCCUCUUAUUACAAGCCUCUUGCCUCUUCUGUUACCAAUACAAGGUUGGAGAUUUAGAUUCCUGGAACAUUCCUUCUUCAGGAAAUUCCAAUGUCUAUGCUAAAUGGGCAAAACAUCAUGUUCUCAGGAUUGGAGAUUCACUCUUGUUUUUGUACCCACCAAGUCAAGAUUCAGUAAUACAAGUUUCUGCUCAAUCAUACAAGGACUGCAACACAAAAGAUCCAAUAUUGUCUAUGGACAAUGGCAACUCCUUGUUCAACAUAACAGAACCAGGGGACUAUUUCUUCAUUAGUGGGGAAAAGGGUCACUGUGAGAAGUCUCAGAAACUUCAUAUUUUUGUGGCAGGAGGGAAUGCUUCUGCAUCAUCUCCUUAUGAUGCAGUCUCACCCACAGCUUAUGGUCCAUCUUCUGCAGCUUCUGGACCUUCUGCCCCUAAUGUUUUUGGGUCCAUUCCUUUUCAAGGUUCCACUUCUUCCUCAUUGAAGACUCCAUUCUUUUUGCCAGUUGUCGCGAUUGGCCUGGUUUAUAUCUCUACUCUUCAACAGAACCAUAUGGUUAUAAGGGCAGAUUAAUACAUUCUUCCCCCCAGUUUGAUGUCUUCCUCCAUUCUUGAUAAAAUUCAUGUGAUGUAUAGUUUGGAUACACUUGGUGGUGGGUUCUUUUAGAAGUAACUGUUUGGGAGGUUCUUCAAACAGUUAUUAGUUAUUCUUCACAAGGCCCUUGAACUACAUUAAAAUAUUCAAUUAGCCCCUUAUAUAGGAGGUUCUGCCCGACCGUCACCAAUUGCGCCUGUUCCCUGUGAAAUUUUUCAAUGAAAUUUUUUGAGCAUCUUCUUCAUUAAGUCUAGUUUACUCAUACCAAAUUUCAACUAAAAAUUCAACCGAGAAGGUAGUCAAAUGAUUUUUUGAAGAUAACUGCGAAGUAAAACAGCGCAGUACAUUUCAUAAAAUCAUUUGUCUGCCUUCCCGGUUGAAUUUUUAGUUGAAAAAUUCAUCAAAAAGUUUCAUCGGGAACUGCCCCAAUUAGCGACGGCCGGACAUAACCUCCUAUGUAAGGAGAUAAUCGAACACUUUAAGUCAGUUCAAGGCCUAUUUGACCCUUUACCCUAAAAAUAUUAUUCUCUUGGCAGGAUAUAGGAGUAUAUUUUUCCAUGUUUGAUGUUUUCAUCCCUACCCUGUUAGGCUGUUAUUUUUUAUUGAUGUGUUUAUAUUACUGAAUGAUGUUUUAUUAUAAGAAGAAACUUGGGUGUUAAAUUUACUGGUUUCGUUUUUUUUUACACCAGUUUAAUUACACUAGUGUCAAUUACACUUAGGAUAGGAUAUACUUCGUAUAUUUUUAUAUUUUUCCAUGUUUGAUGUCUUCC